AUGUUUCCUCUGGAGCUCCUCGCUCUGCUCUUCAUCUCCGCCGCCGCUCCUCCAGCCCCGAAGGAGGAGAAGAAAAAGGAGGAGGAGAAGAAGAAGGAGGGGCAGGGGGCCGGGGGGGCGGAGAGCAGACAUGACCUGGUCUUCAGGAGGGGGGACCUGCUGGAAGUCCCCCGGACUCUGUUCACACACUUCGGGAUCUACCUGGGGGGGGGCAGAGUGGCGCACUUCAUCCCCGACAUCAUGCCGGUGGUCUCGGAGGACCGGCUCCGGAUCCGGCAGAUGGUGACCAACACCAGACUGAUCCUGGGAGUCCUGGCCAAGUGCGGCAGUGUGAGAGUGGACUCGCUGGAGGACUUUGCUUACGGAGCGGAGAUACUGAUCAACCCCAUGGACCAGAUGUGCAGCCGGAAGGCGCUGGGUGGAGAGGAGGUGGCGCAGCGGGCGGAGAAGCUGCUGGGAGACGUCCCCUACAGCCUGCUGUGGUACAACUGUGAGCACUACGUCAUGUACUGCCGCUACGGCACCGUCACCAGCUUCCAGACCUUCCAGUUCUGCAAGACGGUGAGGAAUCUGCUGCUGAGUCGGCGCGUUGCCAAGACGACGGGCGCCCUGGCGACGUGCCUGCUGGUCUACGUGAGGGCGACGAGCGCCUGGUCCGUCUCGCUGGCGCUGCUGCUGCCCUUCCUCAUCUGGAUGGCCUCGUGAACGCCAGGACACGUGCUCGGACCAGUCAUGUUUGGUUGAGAGGAAGCCCCGCCCACAUCACCCCGAGGGGCGGGGCUUCUCAACACGGGGGCGGGGCCACUUAUUGAUUUCCUGCUUCAUGUUUCCGUCUCCGAUCACAUCGUUUUCAGUCUUUGAUGUUUCUUUCCUGCUUGAUGUUGAAUAAAUUCUUUCCUUUCAGUCGUAAUAACUUUAUAUUUUUCUUUAUACUUUUCUUUAUACUUUAUACUUUAUAGAAUAUUGUGAUUUUCUGUAAUGCAAAAAUGUCAUACAUUCUGGAUUCAUUACAAA